AUGCCUGAAGAGAGAAUUGGUCAACUAGAAGACGUUCACUCUCUUUGCUACAACUUCACCGUCCAUCCUAAGCCCAGACCUGGACAACCAUGGUGUGUGGUUCAAGGCCAGGUGGAUGGAAAGGUUUUUCUCUCCUAUGAUUGUGGUGGUGCUAAGAUCCAAUCCAUGAGUCCCCUGGGUGAAGAGGUGAAAGCCACAAAGGCCGAACAAGGGCAGAUGGAAACAUUCAAAGACGUCGGGGACUUGCCCAAGGAGCAGCUGCCUGAUGUUACCCCGGAGAAACACACGGCCAGGGGUGAGUUAGAAAGUCCAAGGCAGGAUGACAUGGGGUGUGAAGACGAUGGAGGCACCAGUGGAUCCUGACAGUUUGGCUUCAAUGGAUGGAUGUGGUUCCUCUUUGAUUCAGAGAAUGGACAGCGGACAGUGGUUCAUUCUGGAAGCAGACAGAUGAAAGAGAAGUGGGAGAAUGACACAGCUGUGACCAAGUUCUUCAAGAAGACCUCCAUGGGAGACUGUAGGGCCUGGCUUCAGGAUUUCUUGGUGCACUGGGAGAAAAUGUUGAAGACAACGGCAUCACCAACCAGACCCCCCAAAGCCCAGUCCAGGGCCACAGCCAUCAAGCCCAUCACUUGGGUCCUCCCCGUGGUCCUCUCCUGGUCCGUCAUAACUGGCAUCCUGGGUGGAGUCCUCUAUAAGAACAGGUACUGA